GCGUGCCAGGGCAAUUGCAGGGGCCUUCCACUCGUGCAUCAACCUGACACUCUCCAUGGUUUCAUGCUUCCACUCCGGUAUUUAAGAAGACAUUUCUAUGCAUUGUUCUUGACCCGCGUGGGCUUCCAGCAUCUGGCCUCGGCGUUGACCGUCGGCGGCGCCCUGCAGCAAGAUCCUCGAGCGUGGGAGGAGGCCGUCCUGGCCCCCGAGGCGGGUUUGGCGGUCCUCCGGCCGGCAGGAGCCAACGGAUCCGCCCCUGGGCUGCGGCUGCUCGCCGGAGACCCGCGCAGCUGGGAGCGCGCGGUCUUCUCGCCCGAGGGGGCCGAGCCGCUGCUGAGGCCGACCUCCGCGGGCGACAGGCCGCCGCACCUGUCGCGCGAGGACAUUUCCGCGAUCGACGCCAAGGAGAAGGCCGCGCCGACGAAGCUGGCGGGCAUCCCCACGGCGCUGGUGGUCCUCAUGGCGGCCGCCGCCGCGGUGAACUUCACACUCUGCUGCGCCCUGCGGGGCACGCGCUCGGAGGGGCUGCCGCAGCGGGACCCCCGGCCGCCCGCGGAGUGGCCCCGGGCGAGAGGCUCCAUCUCCUCGGCGGGCGGCGGCGUGCUGUCCGCCCCGCGGCCGAGGCUCCGCCCCUGGCCCGCGCACGGCCGGCGCGGCGCGGGCCCCGGCUCGAGCUCCGAGAUCGAGUCCCAGGUGACCAUCGAGGACUCCACCCCCAGCAUGCGGACUGACCAGCUGACCAUCGUGGAGGCGAAGGACAUUGUCCUCUGCCCUCUGCUGGUCGUGCCGGCCAACAACCGCUGCGUGUGCCUGGUUACCAUGUGCGCGACCAACGUUCAGCAGGACGUCGUUAUCCCGGUGCGCGGCAUCGGCGGUGCCAACCUGUUCAAGAUCAGGAUGAGUGAGAGCGGCGCCGGCGGCCCCAGGAUCCAGGUCGAGACGGUGGACAGCAAUGUGCUGGCCUACGUCAGCACCGACCCGCUCUGGCGGAGCGGCGUCUCGCAGCCCGCCCCGUCGCCGAGAGAGGGCGCCCGCGGGCAGGGCCCGAGCCUGCAGAUCUGCUGGCCCUCCGGCAGGCCCUUCGGGUGCCUCCGGAAGGCCGGCAGCAAGGCAUGGGCGGUGCAGCUGGAUGGCCGCGAGCAGGACGUGCUGACUUUCGUGGGCGACCUCCGCGGCGGCACCGUCAACGUGAACACGCUCAGCAUGCAGGCCGUCGCCAGCACCUCCCAUGUGAGCCUCAGGGACUACCGCGCUACAGUCCGUGCGCACUGCGACGCCGGACUCGUGAUCCUGGCGCUCGUGGCGAUCGAGAAGUGCGAGGCGCUGGCGUGCAAGGAGAACGCCCUCACGGUCGGCGACCUGCCCCAAGCGCUGGCCGCCGGGGACGCGGGCUGCCAGGCCGGCGGCCCCGGCGAGACGACGGCCUCCGGGAGCUCCGGGAACGCGGACCGGGGCUCCACGCACAGUGGCAGCAACAGCCGAACCAACAGCGCCGCCAACGGCACCGCCGGCUCCGCGGGGUCCAGGUCGCCAGAGGUGCGGAGCGAUGGGCAUGCGUCUGACUCAUCUCAACGUGGUCAACAACGGCAUUGCAGUGAUGGGCAUGUGUCUGACCAGUCAAUACGUUCUCAACAUGUUAGUGAUUGAGCGCGGCCUUCGCAACUUCUGCAGGAGCCUUCGGCAUGAAGGUAUCGUGCUCCUUGUAAGGCCGAGUUUGGAUAGUUUAGUAGCGGCAUGGCCGCCUAUAUUGUUUCUAGUUUGCAAUGACAUGCCACAUGAAGGAAGGAGAUGGCUAGUCGGAGGAGGAGGAGGAGGAGAAGGGGCCCAGGACAGCCAGCUGUCCCUGGGAGCCCGCCUCGCGAUGGGGCUCGGAGCGUUAUAUGCUCGCGGGGGUAGGUCGGCCGGUCAGGCCGCAGUCGGCCAUCAGGCCGCAUACCGGCAUACCGCCGCUGGGUCGAAGGCUGACCAGUUCCCUUUCGCCCCCCCCCCCCUCGUCCUCCCUCUUUGCCUCGGAAUGUCCUCCCCGCUCCCCUCGCCAUCGCCCCUCUCCUCCCCACCGCUCGGUGGGCGCCGUCAGCGUCUCAGCUGGCGCACCUCCGAGCAUCAUGCCACUGAGGGCCCGUGCGGCACGCCCUCUGCCGCGGAUGCCGCGGGCCACGAAGAGACGAGGCUCUUGAGCAGCGGUGUGCGCGGUCGCGCUUUUUGCGCCGAGGCUCCCCCCCAACUCCUUGCUCUAGGAGCAACGAGUGUGGGGGGGUGGACACGGGGGGGAUGUGAUCACCGAUAGGUGCCCGAUGUCCAAACCUGCCCAGGGCUGUGCGGAUUCACUAUCGGAGGCCCAUCACCGAUCUAUUGGCGAUGUGCUUGUCGCCGAUUCCAGGUCGAUGUUUCCCCCCCCUAUGCCAAUCCCCCCCUAUCGUUGCCCCUCAUUGCUGAUGUGCUACUUCUAUUCCGUUUGAUCCGUCGGGGGACGCAGGCUGCGCCGACCGAGGUUCGAUGCCGCCGAACGUGUUCAUGUUUGUUCUUGUGGCUGCCAUUUGGAGUUGUACUGGCAUCUGUCCAACAAGUUGAGAUCUUUGGUUGCAUCCUCCGCGGCAUAAUCGCGGAUUUCACAGUAUUCGAUUUUGAUUCGACGCUGGCUUGAUGUAGAUUCGCGCAUUCGACGUGGAUUCGAUGCGGAUUCGACGGUAAUUGCGACGCGAAGGGACAGACGAGGUCCCCCGAAAAUGCAACAUGAUUGCUGGCACCCGAAGGCAUUGAACGACCGCCAGAGGCCUCUUCUCGAGAUUCCGGAAACCUCUGGCGGGUUCACGCCGUCGUCGGCACGGCCACGUCGCUGGCGCAGGCCUUAGAGUGUGGAGGCAACUGGCUGCCCGAACCAGGCUAACCUUGACUGAUCUUCGCUGUCGGACCUCGGAUAUCGUUGAACGUUGCCUAUGAGACGAUCUACGCGGAGCCAGGCACGGACUUCCUCGUCAACACUUUAGGAACCGUCCGUAGGUAAUUGCAGUCGACCGUGAGUAAAAGUAGUGAUGCAGGGCAUGCGGGGUGCAAGACGCCUGGGCAUAACGGGCAAGCAGGGGCCGCGCAGAUAAGGAUGGCUCUUGCAGGCAAGGAUGCAGCUUCGACAGUGAAGCGCUGCGGCGCUGCAGCCAAGGGCGACUGUAGCCACCUGCGCUGAUCCUGGCCAGCCAGGGUUCCACUUCGAUCCGAUCGGUGCGAUUCGAUAUCCGAGUCUGGCCGGGAUGAUCCGAUUCGGUUCCGAU